GUCCGUGGCGCGCUCUCGCGCGGCGUUCACCAUCGCGCUUUCGAUUGUGCGUCGCCGCGACGCACCACGCCGCAUCGCAUUGCAUCGCAUCUCGCCACACAACCGUCUACCUGCGACGAAGAGAGAAAGAGCGAGACCGUCCGCGGGGACGAGGAUCGAUUCGCUCAUCGAGGAUCGACACAAUAAAAUCCUUGAACUUCGUGGAUUGCGAGGAAGUUUGGAAAGACCAACAGAAUUCCACGGCGGCGGAAGUGAAAAACUUGGUCAAUUCGAGCUUUCGCCGGCAGGAAGAGCUUGAAACAACUCUGAGAUUCGAAGAGAUCGAAAAAAAUCGAGAGUAAUCUGAGAGAAGAAAGGAAGGAAUCGGAGGAGGGCCCCGGCUUCGAGGAAGAGACACUCCCAUCGCUCGUGCUACGGGCCCACCCUGACGACGUGUACGCGUCUCGAUAGAGAGAUCACGUUGUGUUCGUCGAUCACGCCAUCGUUCAAGCCGAGACCGACGGUGCUCGAAACUCUGUCGUGAUCCAAUUCGUGUGAGGCUUCCUCGCCUGCACCUGCCGUGGGCAUCAGAGAGGAAGAACGUGGUCGACAGCGCGGCACGGACUGUCUGUAUCGAAUGUCGUCGAGAAGACGUCUGAAAAUUGUCGGCGGAAGGACGACGAUGCAGUUUCCAACUCAUCAUCGGAUGUCACCGUCGAGCUCGGUCGGCUAAUCGACGAUUAAUCGCGAGAACGAUAUCCACGCGCGUGUUGAUAUCCAUAACUUCGUUCCUCCCGAAAAGUAAUCGAGAACGGGAACUCAGCCGUUACGUGUAUAUGGACCAAGUCGUGAGAAAAGGUGGAACCUUCGAACGGAUUCGCGGUUAUUCUUUCCCGUCGGUUUCUUUCCCUUCUCUUCUUUGUAUCUGAAUCGCGACGGAGAGAGCGUGUUGAUUUCUGUGAUACUGGUGUCGCGCGUGGUGGUUAACGACCCUGUAGUCGCUUGGUGAUGAUAUCGACGGUGUAGUGGUGAGAAGUUCUGUUGGUGCGCGAGGGUGGUGUCCCACAAGAAGGAAAAGAAGAAGGAGAGAAGGAAAGAGAGAUAGAGAGAGAGAGGAGAACAUCUCUCGUACACGCGUGACUUUCAAUUCAUUACCACGGAUCUCCCCCGGCAAUUCGACGCCGCGCCCAUCCUCGAUGAGAGGAGGCACAUGUCCAUUGCUGCCACUGAAAAUGCAGGGCCUGGCCCGUGUGAAUUGCAAGACCCGUUGUGGGUCAAAAUGAGUGCGAUUACCAGCGGCAUUACCAAGAAAAGAAAGAAAUCAGAUGCGAAGCCUCAGUCGCAGCUUAACAAGUGCCUUAACGAAAAAAGACGACGGACCCAAGAGAACUUGUAUAUCGAUGAGCUUGCCGAGCUGAUUUCCGCCACGGACAUGAGCUCUGGCAAGACUGACAAAUGCCAGAUCCUUCAAAAAACCGUCGAUCAGAUUCGGCACUUUAGGCAACAAGAGGGUUCCAAUAGUCAUGCCGUACAACAGGGAGAAGUGUCCUCUUCGAAUCCCAACAUAUUGUCCAACGAUCAAGUUGGUCCUAUCUUACUCGAGGCGCUUGAUGGCUUUCUAUUUGUUGUAAAUACGGAGGGCCGCGUGGAGUACGUUACGGAUAACAUAACGCAGUACAUAAACUAUACGAAGGACGAUGUGCUCGGAAAGGAUAUUUACAACAUCAUUCAUCAUGGAGAUCACAACACCUUCAUGCCUAGUUUAUUGCCCAUGUCUUUAGGCUGGACCAGCGAACCACAGCCUCAAACCAGGAAUCGUACCUUUAAUUGCCGCUUCUUAGUGAAGCCUCCCGAUGAUAAGGACCAGACUAUGGAAGAAAAGCAACAGCGAGUAUCGAAGUACGAGUCUAUGCAAAUCAGUUCUGCUCUUCUGCCCAGUAACGCUGAUCGUCUCGAGAGUGGUGAUGUAUCCUCCGAAUCGUCAGACAUUGUUCCUUGCGUGAUGUGCGUAGCGCGUAGAAUACCGCCGAACGAGAAGCUCAUUGGUCCCGUUGAGCAAUUCACCGUCAGAUUGGAUACCACUGGGAAGAUAAUCGCGGUUGACAUCAGUUGGUUAUCCCCCACUUACUCCAAGUACCUAAACAAGGACCUGGUAGGUACAGCGAUUAAGGACUUGUGCCAUCCUCAUGAUCGCAGUACACUCAUGAAGCAUUUGAGUGAUACGGUCCAAGUCGGAGAAAGUACAAGCGAUGUUUACCGACUGCGCGUUAGUCCUGAUAAGUUCCUUAAGAUACAAACAAAGUCAAAAUUUUUCAAAGCGACUUUGAAUACGCAGGACGCGUUUGACUUCAUGAUGGCAACUAAUUCUAUUAUUGGGGACAAUGACUUAAUGCCUAUCGAGGGUGGUCAGCUUUCCAACAACAAAGUGUGCUCAGGACACUCUAGCAACCGUUGUGUGAAUAAUAGUAAUAAUAAUAACGGUAAUAAUAACAAUAACGUGGGUGGCCCGCUGAUGUCUGUCGCGCAUCUGAACGGUCAAGUGAGUGGUAUCAGUGCUCGCGGUAUGGCAGCGACAACUGCCACUUCGUCGAACUCGAUCGCCUUUAGCACGGGGGGUGCCAGUGGCGGUGGUGGUAGUGGCGGUAGCAGUGAUUCGUGCAAUCCCCUAACGUCGCUGAGCACGUCGACUGGCAAUCCGUUCAACCAUUUUUCGGGGAACAUGGACCUGGAAUUCGAGCUCUUCCCCAGUUCCACAUGGGACUUGGAUAGUAGUGCCGGGUGGACGGAUAGGCCGGAGUCGAGAGCAAGCGGGCCACCAAACUCACGACCACCUUCCCAGCCAUCCCCGACACCACCGAGUCCACAGGGAACUUUCUCUAACUCGACGUUAAUGCCUAUAGACAGACUUAGCCCAAAUCCGGUCUGCAUCGCUCCUACUUUCAGUAAUUCGUUCCCCUUCAGUCCUCUUCAGGAGACGACACAGACGGCUACAUUGAGCAAUGCUGCCACUAAUGUCAACACCAAUGGCGGUGGCGGUGCCGGCAGUAGCGGUAUCAGCAGUGGAGUCAGUGGCAUCGGUAGUAACAUCACAACAUCCGUCAAACGAACUGAGGAGAGCAACAAGAGCGCAUGUCCUACUACCAACAGUGGUGGUGGUACCAUGGACAAUACGACCACGAGGACCAGCAACACUGCCGUUACCGCUGUUGAAACUCAGAACAACAGUGUUGUGUCCACCGAAUCCGGUAGGCUCAGAAACUUAUUGACGAAGGGUCCGAGCGCUAGUGAUGAUAGUCAGGACAAUACAAACAACGAUUCGGAUAAUCAGAAUAAGCAUCGGAUAUUGAAAAUCCUGUUGAACCAGCAGGACGACGACGACUAUCAUACGGAACAUAAAGUGCGUACGAGCCCUAGCAACAUACCGAAACCGAACAUGGAGCACUCUAAAUCAUCACUCGGAAAUAACAUGUUAUUGCAAUUAUUAAAUGAGAAAAAUGAUGACGAGGACGAAGAAACACGUACCGGGAAGAAAAGAAAUGAACUCCUGCAACAACUGAUGAAAAAUCAAGACGAAGAGAGAAAGUUGCAAGAACAACAACACAGAGAUAACGACCCUCUUUUACGGAGUCUUGGAUUUAACACCACGUCACCGUCUCCGUCGCAAUCAAGUGAUCAUAUAGGUCUCGGGAACACGACGCAGGUAGGCCAGAAGAGGCCAGGAGAGGAUGGUGAUUUGAACAUAGCCGUGAAACGGCCUGUAGAUGGCUCGCAGGUGUCUUCUUCGGGAACGAGCGCCUCGAAUAGCGCAACGAGUAAGCUAUGGGAGAAGAAUAAAAUGUUGGCGUCUUUAUUAGCGAAACAACCGCCACAACCAACGAAUCAGCAGCAACAGCAGCAGCAGCCGCAACAACAACCGCAACAACAACAGCAACCUUGGACCGGUGGCAGUUUGCAAGUUGGUAAUAAUAAUGCGAUUACAACGACCGCGACGUCGGCACGUCCUCUCCAAAGCCCGAGACAACUACCUCGUCCAGCAACCAAUACCUACCUCAGUCAUAUGCUAAGUCAGCAACAGAGGCCCCAAAUAGGACCAAUCGAGUCCGAGUUUGCGGGUAGCGGAGAAUAUCGUCAGACUAGCAAUGAUCCAACUAACUGGCAUAAUCAAUCGUCGGAUCCAGAUCUCUCCGAAAUUUUGGAUCAAGUUAUUGAGAUUGUUCCGGAUGAAGAUAUCACAAGAACUCUUCUAGCUGAUAUCGAAGUGCCGGAGAAUAAUGUCAUGAACGAAACAAUGGCAAUCAAUGCUAUUCAGAAGACAUUGAUGUUGUGCGAGUCUGCUGUUGUGAAUCCAACAUCCUCCAGUAUAACUAUGUCUGGCACGCCUCCAGCCUAUUCGACUGCGUUGGGAACUACACCUGUGACGACUGCCAGUCAUAAUUACCAGCCACCUCCUUUAUAUCAACAGCCCAGGAUGAGGUUCAAUCAGCCAAGCAUUAGACAGCCCGGUCAGUUUACACAGUUGCAGCUGCAACAGCAACGUUCUAAGCUCAUACAUCAACAGCAACAGCAGCAGCAACAACAGCAGAAGCAACGAUUAUUGCAGCAACAGCAGCAACAACAGUUGCUUAUCCCAUCGAAUGCUACUGCUACGGAUCAAAUGAACAGUGGUAUUAACAUUGACAAUCUUUUGAACAAUACCGUUGCGCCGCCGAAUGUAUCGUUGCAGCGAUCGAAUGGCCCAGAUUCACAAGUUUCUCCAGGCUAUGGGGCAUCCGUCCAGAUGGCUUCUGGUCACCGACUCGCUCACUCGUAUUCCCAUCCAUCGACGAUAUCGCAGCACCACAUUGUGAAUAGUAAUUUCAACAGUGGUCAACAAGUGUCCGCCGCGGCGAGGCUUUCGCCACAUUCUCCGGCUGGUAUACUGCCGGUGUCGUUUUCUCAUCCGCCAUUAUCACCACGGGUGGCACAAGGCAAUUACGGCAACACACCGAGAUUAUUCAACCAGGUGAAUCCGGUGAGGCCGCAACAGCAGGUCACGACGCAACAACAGCUACAGCAGCAACAACAACGAUCGAUGCCUUCGCCAGGGACGGCAGCCUCCGCCCGGCAAUCUCCGUUUCCUGCCGAAGCAUUUCCUCCACCGACGUCGCCUACAGCCAGCCAGUUCCCGCCAGGUCCCAAUACUGCACCAAAUCCAUCAGCUCAAUAUCGAAUUCAACGGACCACAUCUACUCCUUCUGCUACAACACAGUUGCCAGGUGGAAUCGCGUCGCCGAGACACUACGGAGGAGUGAGUAAGGAACCUCUUCUUUCACCUAGUCAUUCACACUCUGCUUGCCCGGCAACACCUACCCAUAAUCAACAUAACACUACCAAUACACAACACUUUACGAGUCAACAACAUACCUCUAUGUUAUACCAACACACCAACGCCAACACUAUCAACACGGCAGAUAUGCAGAACAAUCAGUUCUGUUACGAUCGGUCAUCAGUACCGCUCUAUCCGUCUGGCGGGGAAGCGCAAGAUGCCAGACUGGCUUCUAAUAACGUCAAUCACCAAAUCGGUAAUGCCAGCACCUCGGAAUUUGUGCGGCAAGAAUUAAGGGCGAUUGUUGGCGCGCGAACGCAACAGCAACAGCAGCAGCAGCAGCAACAGCAACAGAGAGUACCCAACAACCUACAGAAUAAUCUUUCUGGUCAAGUUUCUCAGGACGAUCUUGAAGCACUUGGUCUGACAUUCGAGAUGCCUUCUGCAGGUGAGGCUGUGGUUAGCGAUGGCCCCGCCAAGAUCUGGGGGAGCGCCGGAAGUGCCCCCUCGUCCUCCAGGAUUACUAUGGAGGAGGCACGAGGUGAUCCGACGAAAUCAUCAUUGCUGCAGAAGCUACUGCAGUCCGAGUGACAGGCCACUAUCCCGUCAUGCAGUAAAGAGUUAUAUGUAAUAUAUUUUUGAGUAUGCAGAGAGCGGAACGGAGAUAUAUAGGACGUAUAUAAAACGCGGAAGAGAGCAAGAGUGCGAAAAAAAGGAGAGAAAAUGUGUGAGAAAGUGUUAUAAAAUGCAUAUACACUUACUACGUAAUGGAUACUAUUGUAUUAUAUGUAACGUCACACACGGAGUCAGUAUUCAUAUACGUAUCACCAAAUACAAUGCAAAACUAGCGCGCGGUGCUCUCUAGAAUGUUGCCCGUUGAUCAGUCGAGGAAAAAAAGACGAGCGAGAGCGAGAGAGAGAGAGAGAGAGGGGGGGGAGAAGAAAAGAGUGAGAAA